AUGAAGACCUAACUUUAUCUUACAAUAAUAGGAACUACUUUACUUUUUAGUAACAUCAAUGCUAUCAAGAACAAGCUUUACUAAUAAAAGAAGAGUCAGAAUCUGGUUGAAUCUAAUGAAUUCGAUUUUGACGAGGACUUUGAUAGCAAAUAUAUGGAAGAUUGGUUCAAUUCAGUUGAGUGGGGUGAAUGUCCAUGCGAUGAAGUCACAACUGUUUCUACCACAACUUAGGCCCCAACAACAACUUAUAUUCCUACAACAUCUGCAGCGCCUACUAGCACAGAAGCUCCAACUACUUCAGUACCAGAAACAAGUACAGAGGCUCCAACUAUUACUUCAAUACCUUCGACAACUGAAGCUCCAACUACCUCAGUUCCAGAGACAAGUACAGAAGCACCUACAACCUCAGCUCCUGAAACAUCGACAGUAGCACCAACUACCUCAGCCCCAGAAACUGAGACCACAACAGAAGCUCCAACCACUCCUCCAAUUCCAACCUCCGGUGGAAACCCUCCUAAUGAAACUUGUAAUGCAACCAAUACACCAAAUUGGAGAUACAAUUAAGAAUAUGAUUGCAAUUGGGUAUACAAUUCUGAUUUCGACUCAUGGAUGUGUAUUAAUGAAAAUUGUGAAUGGAGCUUUAAUAAAAACAAUUGCUCAUGGAUUUGUAUAAAUAAUGAAACAACCCCUGAGGGAAAUAAUACAGUUAUUUGUAACUAUACCUGCGAAGAAUUCUCCUAAGCUUUUGAUAGAAUCUCCAUGCUUGAGAAUUAUUACUCGUUGCUAGUAGGAAAUCUUGCAGACUAAUUAGCUCAAAUUUAAGAUAUGGCCACAUAAAUCUCUGAUUUAAAUGCAGCACUCUCCAGCUUACAAUCUAGUUAGCAAUCAAUCGGAUCAAAUCUAGACGACUUAUCAUAGAGAGUAACUGAUCUUGAAGAUACCGAUGUUUCAGCAAAUGUUAAGUAAGAUAUCAAAGAUAAUGGAUUGUUCCUUGGAGACAGAUGGUGGAUUGGAUAGUAGGUUGGCAGUUUAUGGGCAAUAGACUAUCUUUCACCUAGUUUCAUUAAGUUCCCACAAGGGGUUAAUGCUACCAUCGGAUGA